AUGGCGAGUGAAACAGAUGAUCUCGACGAAAAUAUUGAAAAUCUGAAAGCCACGGUGAGGAAGUCAUUCGCCCGUAUCUAUGCAGCUUUAAAAGCAAGGGAAUUGAAAACUUUGCGGCAACUCGACGCCCUUCGUAAACAAUGCGAAGAUGACAAAGACUUGAUGAAGAAUUGUGUUCAAAACAUUCAUAUAAAGUACGAAAACGAGUCCACAUUGUUAGAAAAUGUAAGUAAUUAUGGAAUAAUAGAUUUUGAGAAGCUUAAUUUUGAUAGUAAUACAUUUACACUGGAAGACUACGUCAGCCCUAAUGACGAUCAUAUGUACUGUUAUAAGACUAUUGAAGAGUUGACUAAGGAGGAGGAUAACAAGGAGAUGGAGGCUAUUGAAGAGGCUGCCCUAAAAGAAAUUACUAGAACAGAUCAUUGUGUGUGUUAUGUUAAUAUUCGAACUGAGGAUGUGUCAAAGAAGUUUAGGUAUUUGGAUACAAAUACCUCAUCAGAAAAAGUUCGAGACGAAGACGUCAUUGAUGGCAAAGAGGCUGAAUGUGCAGAGGUCAGUGAGACUAGUGUGGAAGAAAAAAGUGAAAAUUCAGAUGAGGAACUUAAAAAAAUAGACCCCACUGAUGAUUGGUUAAAUUCCAUCAAAGGUCAGACUGAGACCGAGCCGUCACAGGUGACUGAUGUGAUGGAACACAGCACUAUAACCUGCUCAUAGCAAUAAUGUCAAAAUAGCGGCUUUACUUACAUUUUUUACUUAAAUAAAUUUUAUAUCUUAUUUU